AUGUAGAACAAAGCUCUUGUUUUGAAAUAAAGACCUGAUGAAACAUUCCCUCAAAAUAUGGACUUUUUUGAAGUUAGAGAGGUCCCUAUACCUGAACUUAACGAUGGGGAAAUCUUGAUUAGAGUACUCUUAUAAUUCAAAAACAGGUUUUGUACAUUGGAGUUGAUCCAGUCAUGCGAGUUUGGCUUUCUGGAGCCAAAACCUACAUCGACGCUGUCUAAAUAGGACAAGUCAUGCCUGCUUUUGGAGUGGGAAUUGUGGUUGAAACCAAAUAGCCAAAAUGGGAUAUAGGUAAAAGAGAAUUCCUAAUUUUUAGGACAAAUCGUAUUUGGGGUUUUGGAAUGUGCCAAUCUCUGUAAAAGACCAACCAAGCCUUUAUUCAAAGUUCCUCUCUUUGAGUUAGGCGAUCCCAAUAUACCUCUCUUGCUUUCUAUUUAUGGAGUCACAGGACUGACAGCUCUAAAUGGAAUGAAACUCAUUCCACAAGAUCACAUACCUACUUAAGAGAGAUAGAGAACAUUUUGUGUCUCAAGUGCAGCAGGGUCAACAGGAUCCAUAGCUCUUUAGAUCGCAAAACAUAUGGGGUUCAAGACAAUCGGAAUUGUGAGCGGAAGAGAGAAGAGAGAGUUUGUUUUGGGCUUGGGAGCAGACGAAUGCAUCACAUAUAAUGAUUGCAAAGAAAAUGAUGAAAUAAUUGUUGAGUAUGGAAUAUUAUUAAAUUAAGCAAAUUAACAUAAGAAAUAAGAAGAGUGGCUCCAAAUGGCAUAGAUGUAUACUUUGACAAUGCAGGAGAAGAAGUCCUUGAUGCUGUAUUACCAGGAAUGGCUAAGGAGGGAUUAAUCUUGUUAUGUGGAGCUACAUCUACAUACAAUGCUUGGAAGAAUAGAGGUGGAUUGACCAAUUUGGCGUCCGCCAUCACAUAACAAGUCAAAUUAGAAGGUAUAAUUCAACCUUACAGCUUAGGCAUCAUAUUUUAUUAGGAUCAAGCCAAAAUUUACAGUGGAUUCUCUGAUAUGAUUGAAUUAGUCAAUGAUGGAGUAAUCAAACAUUAAGAGGAAAUUUAUUAUGGAGUUGAGAAUUUUGUUUAAGGUCUUAAAAGAGUCUUCCUUGGACAGAACAUGGGGAAAAUCAUUAUUUAAAUCGACCAAUAAGUUGAACAUUAAGCCAAAUUAUGA